GAAGUGUCCCUACCCAUGGAUGAUCCCUUCCAAGCCAACCCCUGGCUGUGUGCAGGAGCUGCUGCAGGUCUCACAGUUUCUUCUCUCCUUUCCUUUCCUCAAGGCAUCGUGUCAAGAUCUGGAACUCUGACAUAUGAAGCUGUGCACCAGACAACCCAGGUCGGGUUGGGGCAGUCCUUCUGCAUUGGGAUUGGAGGUGACCCCUUCAAUGGCACUAAUUUCAUUGACUGCCUGGAUGUCUUCCUGAAGGAUCCUCACACUGAGGGCAUCAUCCUGAUUGGGGAAAUUGGAGGCAAUGCUGAAGAAGAUGCUGCAGCAUUUCUGAAGGAGAACAAUUCUGGUCCCAAAGCCAAGCCGGUGGUGUCGUUCAUCGCGGGGCUGACAGCUCCUCCGGGCCGGCGGAUGGGGCACGCAGGAGCCAUCAUUGCUGGGGGCAAGGGUGGGGCCAAGGAGAAGAUCGCAGCCCUGCAGAGCGCCGGCGUGGUGGUCAGCAUGUCUCCUGCUCAGCUGGGCAGCACCAUGCACAAGGUGGGUGCCGUGGUGCUGCCUGCCCGUGCUGACCCCGAGCACGGAGCUGCUCCCGAGGGGACGCCGCUGGGCAGCGCAAGUCAUGCCCAGGCACUUGGUGCUCACAGCUUGCUGCGACAGCAGGCAGCUCUGCUGGCUGCACUGGUACAGUCAGCUGGGGUGGACAAGCCCUUGCAGAGCCUCCACUCCAACCCCUCUCUGACCAUCUUGGUGGCCUCUUCUGGACCCUCUUUAUCAGGUCCAUGUCCUUGUGCUGGAGUCCCCAGAGCUGGACACAUCCCUGCCGGGGAGGGCUCCCCAGAGUAG